UUAUUAACACCACAUAGAUUACGUUUUAAUCUGCAUAUUUAAUGGUCAUUAAGGCCGAAAAUGAACUUUGAUUCUUGGCGCAUUAGCAGCGAUUAUUAUGACGUUUAAUUUAAAUUAGUAUCAGCCUAUAUAAAGCGCGACCAUUUCCAUUUUUCCGCUUAGUUUGGUCAACUAUAAUGUACACCCGGUUUUGGAUUAUUUCCCUACUAUUUUUGCCCAUUCAACUGGGACUGGCGAAGAGAAACUAUGACAUCAAUAUAAGCAAACUGGACUGCCGGAUAAUGCAACCUCAGUAUGUCAGUCUGUUGGAGUGCGAAAUUGUUCGCAAACGCAUACCCGUGGUAUCAUCUCGUUUUAUAUUAAAGGAGGACAUUGAUAAGUUUAAUAUAAAUGCCACAUUCGAUUUGAUAAAAAAGGACAAUAGCCGCAUGAGUGUGGCAGAGUUCAAAAUGGAUGGUUGCAAGUAUCUCAGCUCGAUGUACAAUAAUAUUCUGGGCCGACUUUUUGCUCGAUUCAAGGCAGUCAGCAAUCUUCCUACUUCAUGUCCGGUGGUUAAGGGAAAACUGUUCGAGAUCCGAAACUACACAUUCCUGGCCGACGAAUUCCCGCCAGGAGUGCCCCAGGCCAAAUGGCAAGUGCGAACUAAAUUGCUGACGAGCACCGGACCGGUUGUGGAACUAUUAAUCGACGGCAGUGUGGUCUAUAAUACGUGA